CAAAGUGGGACCGUUUGGGUGUUCCCAUGGCGGGGGCGGGACUGUGGCUGGUGCCCGUUGAUGAGAACACGGUCUGGAAUUGCCGGGGUUCGCCAGAUGACGUGAACGACAUUCACACUCCUGACCUCUUUCUCUAUUGUCACCAACCACAAUUGGUAUCGGCACGUCAUAUGGUCGGACAGGCGUGCUAUUGUUGGCUCGACCAUAUACCAAACUAACAUUAAGGUUUGUCGCCUUUGAGGAGCUGUUCUGGAGCUGCUCGUGAACCGACCCGGCGUUUGAGCUAGGAAUCUCUAUUUAGACUACAUGCAGCCCAAAAACGAUGCUUAAACCCAACUACUACAACUUCGAUCAACCCCGUGGUUCUCUUGCAUACUUGAAACUGGAAGUCUAUAGUACUGCACAAGUCCGUCAUGUCCAAGCUCAUGCACAAGGUGAAAGAUGCCUUCACAGGCCAUCACGGUCAUAAAUCAAGCACGGUCAAUUCCGAAUCCGUUCCCGAAGCCGAGAACGCCAGCUCUGGAGCCUACAACCAAUCUGACACUGGACAUUAUGCCCCUCAAACCGGCGACACCGGUGCGAAACCUAGUGCUGACCCUUACACCUCUGGAGCGUAUGACACCGGGGAGAACACGGCUGCUUAUGAAGCACGCACUAGCGGCUAUGACUCAAAGCCUUCGGGUGGCUACGAAGUCCGGUCUAGCGAAGGUCGGGGAGCUGAGAAUCGCAAUCCUGCUCAGGAAGAGUAUGGUUCAGGCAUGACUGGCCUUGGCCCUGACUCUGGCUCCAGGCAGAUGGAGUCUAGAAAUACUAGCGGCGUGCAGCAUGUCAGUCCGGGUGGCUAUAAUCGUGGAUCCGAUCAAGUUCAGGCUUCAGAUGUCGCUGGACCAUACUCGCCCGGUACGGAAGGCCGCACUCAACAAAGAUUCGGCGGCGGAGGUGCAGAAGGAAGUAGCAGCUAUAAUACUCAUGGGGCUGGGGAGCUGAGCGCUGGUGCUAAUGACUAUAGCACAGGAGGUAAGCUCGACUCAGGCCGAGUGGGUGCUAAUAUCAUGGGGUCCAAUAUGAUGGCGUCAGACAACCUACGCACCGCAGGUGGGGCACAGCGUAACUACCGGUAGGAGCAUGAUCAGCAUAAGUGUACUUGAAUGACUGCUUCAAUGAUUUCUUGUGGUCAGAUUCUUCAUGUGAUGUGCUAACUCCACGCUGGGAUCGGCAGGCUUUGGAAUAGUGUCAUUGCUAUCUUCAUGUCUCAGUACUUAGUAUAUGUUCC